GGUGCUGCUCCUGACUUGCUGAUGAUUUUCUUGCAAAAUUGCCAGUAAAGAGUGAUUUUUUCUCAAAAUUUCAGGAGAGUUUCUUAGUUUUUCAAAAAUUUUCUGAUUUUCGAAAACUUUCGGGCUUUAUGGAGUGAUGUCAGAUCAUAUUACGUGCUUACUUAUCCAGAGACACAGCUUAGAAUGCUGAGAAGCAAAACAGAUCAAAUCCGACUCUUAUUAUUUUACUUUGUAACCAUCUGCUCAGGCCCGUCGGAAUUGGAGUUACUCGGUGUGUUUUAAUUUUACAUUUUUUUUCUGUCAUUUCUCCCUGAGUUGUCCCAAAUUUAAAAAGUGAAACUUGACCUCUGCUUAUAAUUGGUGAAAAUUUUUUAUAGACAUGUCUGAAUAAAAUCUUACCUCUUGUCAGGUCAAAUGUUAAAUCUUGUACGAAAUAGUCGCUCAGUCUUCUUGUUUCGUGAUUUUUCCAUUCUCUCGCGUUCCAAUCCCCACCCUCUACCAGAUAGUUUUAAGUCUUCAUUCAGUCACAGAUACAUUGUAAGCUCCUCAAAACUACUAUCUGUGAGCACAAACGCGUUCUAUGCAGUGCUUGAUGAUCUAAUGCGAGGGAAGCACAAGAGUAAAAAAAACAAGAAAAAAACUGCUAACUAUGUUACAAAGAAAGCUAAAGUUUUACUAUCAUGGGCUAAGUACUUCCCUACUUUUAACAAGUUUGUGAUCUCCGCGAUGAGUCGCAGCAAUGCCUCAUGCAGCACAACGCCGCAAAAAUUUGAUGAGACUGUAACAGUUACGAGUAUGGACAGCGAUGAUGAUGUUGUCAUUCUUGACAUGCCUGAGAGAGACGAUGUUCAGGUACUUUAUGACAGCCACCAACAGAAUGAUCAGCGCCGAUAUUUUCUUAAAAACGAAGAGGAUUUCCAGUUCCAGAGAACUCUCUCUGCCGCUGAAAUCAAGGAAGCAGCCAAGCAAGGGAAAGAAAAGUAUGAGGAAAUUCGUCAAGAACAAUUCACCAAGUUUGGCGAAGAAAUAUUUGCAAAUGAAGCCGCUCCAAAACUCAGUCGUGAAGGUUUUGUUUUUCGAGUUCUCUCAUGGAACAUUCUAUCUCAAAAGUUGAUGGAACAACAUAGAUACCUUUACUCAAAUAGCCUCAAUGUUUCCUUGGAUUGGGAGUAUCGCAAGACUCAAAUUCUGUCAGAAAUCAAGGACUCUAAUGCAGACAUACUGACCUUGCAAGAAGUUGAGGAACAAAGUUUUCACGCCAUAUCAGAACUCAAGAAUCUAGGUUACACAGGUAUUUUUAAGAAGCGAACAAACGACAAAAUUGAUGGCUGUGCAAUAUACUAUCGGCCUGACAAACUGACAUUGAAAGAGCACGCCUUUGUAGAAUUUUAUCAGCCUGGUGUGAGACUCCUGGACCGUGACAAUAUUGGCAUCGUGGCUCGAUUCGAACCGAAGGAUUCCGAAGGGAAUGAAUUCAUCGUUGCCACAACUCACCUUUUGUACAACCCCAAAAGACAUGACAUCAAACUUGUCCAAAUGCAACUCCUGCUCGCGGAAGUGGAGCGACUCGCAUUCAGCGGAGCAUUAAGACAAGGCGACAAACUGAUCCCGAUGUAUCACCCGUGUAUUUUAACAGGAGACAUGAAUCUGUCACCACAGUCAGGUGUCUACAAUCUCAUCACAGAAGGCAAGCUUCAAUACGAACAGCUGUCCUCAAGAAACCUUUCAAGUUUAGAUUCACCAAAUAGCUUUCACACUUUACCUAAAGUCCUGUUACCUCCAUACUUAGGCAUAACGGAUAAUUGCCAACAUGAAAAACUCAUUUCCCAACGGACAUUCAUGAGGCAGUCAAUAGAGGAAGAAAGUCGCCUAGUGUCGCUAUACAACAGUGAACGGAGAAGUGAUCGGUAUCGGCGAAGUGAGGAGCCCAAUUGGAGGGACAGCGAUGAUCGGAAUCUCAACAGAACAGAUUCACAAAGCAAAUACGGCACUGGAAUCCUAUCUCAUAACUUAAAAUUCAAGUCAGUCUAUCCUCACUUGAAGAAUGGUGUACCAGAAGUGACAACGCAUCAAGAUUGGUGGAUCACUGUUGACUACAUAUUUUACAGUCCUGUAAUACAACAAGAACAAGAGUCUAGCCUGCGUUUAGUAUCCUUCAAAGGCUUGCCUUCGGCAAAUGAAGCUGCAGAUUACCUGAAAACAAUUCCAAAUCUCUUUUGUGGCUCCGAUCAUCUUCCCCUAGUCUCUACAUUCUUCUUGGCUAAGUCAUGAAUCGACUUGUGCUCCCAAUUUUUUCUCUUCCAACUCUUAUUUAUAGGUAACAUCUCAUGAAAGGUCUCUUCAGAAACAUCCAAGAAAAAAUGUUAGGGUAGAAACUUGAAGAAUUAUUUCAAAGGCCUUUUGGGAUUUCCUAUCAAAGCUUGUAAAAUUUAGGUGAAAAUUUUCUACCAACCAUAGAUAAUUUUUUUUAUUAAGUUGUUUUUCUUUAAAUUUUUUAUGUGAGUCUAUCAUACCAAUUCUUCAAAGAACAAUUGCAAUUUUAUUAUUGAUCAGCAUCUCUAAAUUUUUUUUUUUCUCUCUUUUUUUUCAGUGGUUAGGGGGCGUUCAAAGCCAUAAACUACCUUUCUAUACAUUUUCCUUUCAAAAAGAAAAAGGACGUUUUUAGUUUCUGAAUAUUUUGAGUAACAAGGGGACCACAGACCAUUGGAGCAAAGAAAUGUUCAAUUUACUAUCCUACGACCGAACAUCAUUUUACAUGAAAAGAAAAAGGUAUUCGUCUUAUACAUACAUUAGGAGCCGCUUUUAUGGCGCUCUCUGGCACUCAGUGACACCUAGUCUCCUAUCCUCUCAAAGCCCUUCAGGGAGUUGACACACCCUCAUUUCUUGCUUUGUAUUAAAUUCUAAAAAAUCUGCAUUUAAUUUUGACUCUUAACAAUGAAAAUUAUAACAUCGAGACUCAAGAUCAUGGCUAAAAUCUCGAAUAUUUUGUAAGCUUCAACCCUUGUCUGUUGAUCAGUUGGUAAUGAGAUACAUACAAAUUAUUUCUGUUAAGUACUAAUUCGGGCCGAAUUAGUACUAAGGGGCCCUUAAGGCAAACCAGAUUUUAAGGCACUCGAGAUUAAUAAAUAUCAGUCAUAAUCCUUGAAGUGUAUAUUUUCUCUGGUUAGUUGUCCACACUCUCAAAAUCUUUCACAAUACAAGUCAGUUCUUCCGGGGUUCUUCAAUAUUACAACUUGAGCCAUUUUAUGAGUUUUUAGGAAAUGUUGGGCCCUGUGCCAAAAGCUGAGGCGUACUCUUGUUAGAAAAGCCAGAAUUAAUGUUAUGUUUUUGUUUACUUUUCAUCCUAUAAGAAUUUUUUUGUCAUUAUUAUGUAAUUUUUCUCACCUCUAAUUUUUAAGAUUUCUUUAUUUUUUAAACCUUUACAUUGCUUGUACAAACUAAGUUACUACAUAUAUCAUUAUUUUCAUUCAGAAACUCAUCACAGGGUUAAGUCUUGAUAGCUCCGAAUUUUUCAUGUUUUUAUGACAUUUCUCUUUAACCGUUUUUGCUUCUUCCUUACAUUUGACUCUAUACAUAUUUGUACUGAUUCUCCACAGAAAUGGCAGUCAUCUCUUCGCUAAAAACGUUUUUCUGAAUUGGUUCUGCUAACGUUUAUAAAAUUUCUUACAAUGGCACACCAGACAAGAUACAAAUCAAAGCUCUCCAUCCAUCACCUGUUUUCUCUCCUAAAUUUUACUUACAAUGGACCACAAGACAAAGUACAAAAGCAUUCUGAUAAGUUUUCUUCAAAAUUUCACUGACGAAACGAUUUGCACAACGAUAAUUACUGAAAUUAUCUCCCAAUCAAGAUACUAACGUUUUUAUUCAGCACUGGUUAUGAGAAAUUUUAAUUUACCGCUCACAAGAAAAACCGUAGUCCUUUAGAAUCAAUUCACGCUACAACGGUUUUGGCAGUCUUUUCGAUCAGCAGUGUACUUUUCCCACCUUGCAUUCUCCUAAGCGUAAGAAACUUGCAAUAGCUGAGUUUAAGUGCCGAGAUUGAAUUUGUCAUAUUUUUAUACUGCAACGACUGUUGCAGUAACGUUUAUUGUGUGCUUUAACUCAACUAGAUUAUUGUUCUUUUAUUGGUAGGAUGUUUGAUUUUAUGCAAUGGGAAAUGUUAAUAUCUUGGUAAGGAGUUAUUUUCAGAUAUUUUCUUUGUACAGAUUGUCCACACUAUAGAACAGAUCAUAACAUCCUAAGUUUUCUGAUCCUGUGCCUUUCUUUUUCGUUUCUGUUAACACGGCGACAUCUACAUUAUACUUUUUUACCUCCGAUACAACCUCAGUCAAUUUAUUAGAAAUGCCCUGUACAUUCCAUGUCCCAAAAACCAUUGUCCUUUUCUGUAGUUUGUGUCGCAAAA